CGUCGAGAGCAAAGAUGCGGACAAAACCUGUAGAUUAGGCUCUAGGGCAAUAAAGGAAAAUAGAUAUUUAAUAGCAAGGAGAUCAGCAUUCGAGCUGUGUGUGUGUUCUUCUGUGUUAAACGGCAUCUCGGGGCGCCAUGCGCGUCUUAGGCGGCACGCUGUUUGUGGCGGUGGUCGUGUUGAUCAGCGCACGUCUGAGCAGUGCGGAGGGAUGUUCAGGCUCAUCAUGUGGCAAGUGUGACUGCAGCGGUGUAAAAGGGUCAAAGGGUGAGAGAGGUUUACCUGGCUUACAAGGAAAUAUGGGAUUUCCAGGUAUGCAAGGUAAUGAGGGCCCUCAAGGACCAAUGGGACCAAAGGGAGAUUUUGGCGAAGCCGGGGCCCCUGGAAUGAAAGGAAUACGAGGCCCUUCUGGUUUACCAGGUAUUCCGGGAAUUCCUGGGCAUCCGGGUAUCCCGGGUCAAGAUGGCCCUCAGGGACUCCCAGGUAUCCCAGGCUGCAACGGAACAAAGGGGGAUCGAGGAAGAGAUGGAAUCCCAGGAAUAUCAGGGUUGCCAGGACCACCUGGAUUUCCAGGUGAUCCAGGAAUGAAGGGUGACCCAGGUGGUAUUAUUGGUGGAUUUAUUCCUCAGAAAGGAGAAAGAGGCUUUCAAGGACCAGCAGGGUUGCCAGGGCCACCAGGACAACCUGGAAUACAAGGACCAGUUGGGCCACCAGGACUAGAUGGGCUUAGAGGAUAUCAGGGAGAGCCCGGCCCUCCUGGCCUUCCUGGUGAUAAGCUUACUUUUCUUGGUCCUAAAGGUGACAGGGGUGAAAAAGGCCUCACAGGUCCACCAGGACCUCCUGGAAUUCCCAGUGGGUUUGAAGGGCAAAAAGAAUCUUGGACAAAAGGUGAACGGGGGGAACCUGGACAAAAGGGAGACAUGUGUUCACCAUAUCAAGCAGGAAUUAAAGGUCAGCAAGGACCUCCAGGCCCAACAGGAAAAACUGGAAAGGAUGGAGAAAAUGGAGCUAAGGGGGAAAAAGGUGAACUUGGUACACCUGGCUUUUCUGGCUCGAAGGGUCAAAAAGGAGAGAAAGGCCCUCCAGGAUAUGGUGAUGGUGCACCUGGCCCUCCCGGACCUCCAGGCUUACCUGGACCAGUUGGUGAAAGAGGACCCCCUGGUAUUUCUGGAGAUACUGGUCCUCCAGGCAGAAAUAUUGAAGGCCCUACUGGAGAAAGAGGUUUCCCUGGAGAGAUUGGACAGAAAGGAGACAGAGGAGCUGAUGGAGAGUCUCUCAGAGGCCCCAAGGGAGCUGAUGGAGUUCCUGGUCCACCCGGACCCCCAGGGGAAUUAAGUGGAGAGUGUGAUAUUGAUCGUGGAGAGCCAGGCCCUCCUGGACCUCCUGGCUUGCAAGGAGAGUUGGGCCAGAAAGGUGACAAAGGAGAUACUUGCAUGCAGUGCUCUGCUAGUGGACCUCCAGGUUUACCUGGUAUUCAAGGGCCCAAAGGAAAUCAAGGUUUUCCUGGAAAAGAAGGUAGUAAAGGAGAAAGGGGUCAGCCUGGCCCUGCUGGAGUUCCUGGAUUGCCGGGGAAUGAUGGUUCACCAGGUUUGAUGGGUGCUCCUGGGGCAAAGGGUGAACCAGGUGACAUCUAUAUAUCCCCGGAUCUGAAGGGAGAGAAGGGUUCACCAGGGUUUCCUGGCCCAAGAGGGUUACCAGGAAUAGAUGGAAUUCCUGGAAAGGAUGGACGUCCAGGUAUACCUGGAACAAAAGGAGAGCCAGCUAGAGAGGGUAUUAAAGGUGACCGUGGUCCAGAUGGUGAUCCUGGGAUAAUAGGACCCCCUGGUGAGAGAGGAUCCCCAGGUCUUCCUGGACAUGGCCGGCCUGGGGAGCCUGGAGAAAAAGGGAGUCAGGGAACUUCUGGUGUUCCAGGAAAGCCAGGAGUGCCAGGGCCUAAAGGUGAACCUGGAAAAGUUCUAAGUAUGCCAGGACCUCCAGGUCCACCAGGACCACGUGGUGAGACAGGAUUGCAUGGCCUUCAAGGUGAAAGAGGUCCCUCUGGAGAUCAAGGACUACCAGGAUUACCAGGUGAAAAAGGUGACCCUGGUCAACCAGGAAUUGGAUUUCCAGGUCCACCAGGUCCAAAAGGUCACUCCGGUUUACCAGGUGCACCAGGAUUACCUGGGGACCCUGGGAAUUUAGGCCAGGAUGGUUCUCCUGGACACCCAGGAAUUCCUGGACAAAAAGGUGAACCUGGCAUUGGUCUCCGAGGACCCAAGGGCUCUAUUGGACAGCCAGGAGUGCAAGGGUUUCAAGGUGAAAAGGGUAAUGUUGGAAUGGCAGGAUUCCCUGGAGCUGAAGGACAAACUGGACGACCUGGUGUUCAGGGUUUUAAAGGUGACCCUGGUCCUCCUGGGUCUAAAGGUUUGCCAGGACCACCUGGUCUCCCAGGGCUGGGAGAGCCUGGACUACCUGGUCCAAUGGGACCCCCUGGAGAACCAGGUCCCUUAGGUCGCACUGGUGAAAAGGGAGAGAAAGGUCUCCAAGGUUUUCCAGGUCCUGCAAUGCCAGGUCCUCAAGGUGAAAAAGGCUCCUCUGGUUUGCCUGGGUUUCCAGGGCCUAAGGGGUUGCCAGGGGAACCGGGAAGACAAGGUAACGAUGGAUUUCCUGGGGAGAGAGGCCCCAAAGGAGAUAUUGGAAUAAUGGGAAUUCCAGGGUCACCUGGAUCCGAGGGUCAACCUGGACCUCCUGGAGCCAUUGGACCAAGAGGUGAUUUUGGUCUGAGUGGGCCUAGGGGAGAGUUUGGUGAACAAGGCCUUAAAGGAGAGAGAGGAGAGCCUGGACUACAAGGACCACCUGGUAAUAUGACUGAAGUAGAAAUGGAGCAUAUGAAGGGAGAGAAGGGAGAAUCUGGAGACACAGGGGAACCAGGCCCUGCAGGACAGAAGGGGGUCUCUGGAGAACCUGGAGAUCAUGGAAUGCCUGGAAAGGAUGGAAUGCCAGGUUCACCUGGACAGCCAGGUGAAAAAGGUGAUUUAGGACUUCCUGGAGAAACAGGACCAUCUGGACAGCCUGGAGCAAAAGGCAGCAUGGGAGAAAUGGGAUUGCCAGGAGCAUCUGGACCAAAAGGCAGUAAAGGUGUUGCUGGUCAUCCUGGUCAUCACGGGAUCAAGGGUGAUCCAGGAGUAAAAGGUGAUAAGGGAGUAGCAGGUCUGCCAGGAAUAGGAUUUCCUGGACUCCAAGGGGAAAAGGGUGAAAUGGGUCCACCUGGUUUCCCUGGAGAGUCUGGACAGAAAGGAGUGAAAGGUGCAAUGGGAAUCCCAGGCAUCCCUGGAACAUCAGGGCCAAAAGGAGACAUAGGCCUGACUGGUUACGCCGGAAGCCCUGGAUUACCAGGUGAAAAAGGAUCCCCUGGGUUACCUGGAUUACCAGGUCAGCCUGGACUUGAAGGACGUCCAGGUGAACCUGGUCUGCAGGGACCCCCAGGGACUCAAGGGGAGAAAGGAGAGCCAGGAAAAGAUGGAUUUCCUGGAGCCAUUGGAGAAAGGGGUGAACCAGGUGUACCUGGUAGAGGCUUUCCUGGAACCCCUGGGCAGACAGGAACAAAAGGUGAAAAAGGUAACUCAGGUCCCCCUGGUAUGCCUGGAAGCUCUGGUGUUCCUGGAACCAAAGGAGAGAAAGGCCUGCAAGGAAACCAAGGUGGUCAGGGUCAACCCGGUGUAAGAGGACUACCAGGGCUAUCAAUUGAGGGACCUAAAGGGGAUAAGGGACCUCAGGGAGAACCUGGAGAGCUAGGCGAGACUGGUGCUCCAGGUCCUGCAGGUGUUCCAGGAGGUGCUGGAGCUAAAGGAGAGAGAGGAGAAAAAGGUUUCCCAGGCUUACAGGGUAUUCAGGGUUUGAAGGGUGACAAAGGCUUCACUGGCCAACCUGGUGAACCUGGCUUUCCAGGCUAUAAAGGACAAAAGGGUGACAUGGGAUCUCCAGGCCCUCCUGGCUUUAUAGGAUUGAAGGGUGAGACUGGAUUGUUGGGUUUCAAAGGAGAGCUUGGUGACCGAGGAUUUCCAGGAGCUAAAGGUAAUGAUGGUCCACCUGGUCCUCCUGGACCCCAUACCUUUAUAAAAGGAGACAUUGGUUUCCCAGGACAACCAGGUCCCCAAGGUUUACCAGGGCCUCAAGGGUAUCCUGGACUAAAAGGACAGCAAGGAUUGACUGGCAUAGAGGGUAUUCAUGGAGAAGUUGGAGAACCAGGAAACAAUGGGAUUCCUGGAGCUAAAGGAGAACCUGGGCAUACUGGAUCUUCUGGACCCAGAGGAUAUCCAGGUCCCCCAGGUCCUGACGGUAUUCCAGGUCUAGUUGGCCCACCUGGACCCUCCUCCAUGGACCAUGGCUUCCUAGUGACUCGGCACAGUCAGUCAAUUGAAGUGCCCUUGUGUCCAAUAGGCACCACUCUGAUCUAUGAUGGAUAUUCCCUCCUGUACGUACAAGGAAAUGAGCGAUCCCAUGGACAAGACCUGGGAACGGCCGGAAGCUGCUUAAGGAAGUUUAGUCCCAUGCCAUUCCUUUUCUGCAACAUCAACAAUGUGUGUAAUUUUGCUUCUCGUAAUGACUAUUCCUACUGGCUCACAUCUCCUGAGCCCAUGCCUAUGAGCAUGGCUCCCAUUACUGGCGAGAGCAUCAAACCUUUCAUCAGCAGAUGUGCGGUUUGUGAAGCUCCAGCCAUGGUGAUUGCUUUGCACAGUCAGACUGUAGCCAUCCCGCCCUGCCCUCAAGGCUGGAUGUCUCUGUGGAUUGGUUAUUCCUUUGUCAUGCACACCAGUGCAGGUGCAGAAGGCUCGGGUCAAGCUCUGGCCUCUCCUGGCUCCUGUCUGGAGGAGUUCCGCUCUGCUCCCUUCAUCGAAUGUCAUGGCCGUGGCACGUGCAACUACUAUGCUAACUCCUACAGCUUCUGGCUGGCUACUAUUGAGGAUAAUGAAAUGUUUAGCAAACCUGUCCCCACUACACUAAAGGCUGGGAAUCUGCGAACUCACAUCAGCAGGUGUCAAGUGUGCAUGAAGAGGACUUAGCCUGGCCAUACUCCAUCUUCUGCAUUUGGCUUUUUUGCUCCAGUUUUACAAAAGAAAAUCAGCAUGGUGCUACUUCAAAGAAAGAGGAAGAAGAUGGACUUAGAAAGUGUUCUUUCAGACUUAAGAAUGCUGAUUAAAAUGAAAUAAGAUGGUCCAGAGUGAUGGGACCCCGAAACCUGGUGCUUUUGCUCCAUAUAAAACACUCAAUUAAUAUCCUCAUUGUCUUUCCUGAAUCAAUGACACCUGUUUGCAAUUGCACUGAAUAUCUAUAAGUAGACAGGCUGCCAUUUUGAAAACAAGUCUUCUGAAUCGUUUUUUUUUUAAUAAAAACUGAUAUUCUCUUGAUUCAACUGCUAUGUACUGUUUGCCUAGUUUCCUUAACAACACCAAAAACUGAAUAUCUUGCUAUCUCUUUUUUCACUCAAUUUGUCAUCAUACGGUAUACUAAUUUCAGAUACUUGUCUUUUCUUCCUUGUAAUCCACUAUAAGUUAUGUCUGUUUAUUGUGUGGCUAAGCAGCAAGGAUGUACUUUUGUGAUGUGUUGUAAAUAUACACAUUUGUUAUGAAUUAACACUUUUUUUUUACAUAAUCUCUUCAGGUAAAUGCAUUUAAUUUUGUCAUAGUUAUUUAUGAAAGCUAUACGGAUAUAAUGAGACCAAGGGCGCAUUUUGUAUAUGGCCAUUUCCACUCUGUCGACCAAUUCACAAUAUAAUCUGCAAUUUGAUUAAGGCACAUAAUGGUGAACUGUAGUAUUUGAUACAAUAUGCUUUAGUAGGCAUAUAUUGUUGUAUAGCUUUAAAGGGUGUUAUUAUAAAUUCAUUGCCAGGGAGUACUGUGGGGCAAAAACAUGUUUACAUCGGCAAGCUAUAUCAGCAAACAGUGUACAGUUUGUACAUUUUGCCAUCUCUUAGUGGUCAUAUUACCUAUUUUUAGAGGACAUUUACCCAUUUUGUCUAAUCAGAUCUUGUCAUUCACACUCUGUCAAUCUCAAUGGUGUUUAAUCAGGACAGAUCCUUGAACAAUGAGCAAAUACAUUUCGGAUAGGUUUACAGCCUAAUGGGUAGACACCUUGAUUUGAAUAAACACUCUCAACUAGUAUUUAACACUAAAACUUCUCCACUAAUUGGAAGCUGGACAUGUGUAUAUGUGACUAGGUGCACUUUCCAGCUUUAAGUGUUAUCCUAUUCAUGUCAAUAGAUAAUAAAGCUGUCAUGUUCCUUUUGUCUUUUUGCAACUAUAAGGUGCUUUGGUUAGUUUCAUCCAUCUGUGAGUCAAACAUUUAGUUUGCUCAUCUUCACUAGAUUGUUGUUCCUGCUAGAUUCCGUGUUUCUCAUAUUUCUUUUGCUCUCCUAAGUGGUAAUGGAAUGAUAGACCAAAGAAUAUGCACAUACCUAGUUUUACACUGAAUAUACUUGACUUAACAAUUGUUAUAUGUUUCAGCAUCCUCUUUAAAUUCCCCAAGGAAUAUAUUCAGUUAAAACUAUGUCACUGUUUUAGCCAAAGCUCACAGUCUUAUAUACAUGUAUUCUAAAAUGAUCUUUAAUGAUGUUCAGGCUGUAAAUCUCAUAAAUUACAAGAGGUUUCCACUACUGUUUCCACUUUUAUUUUAUAAGGAUUUACUCUAGAGUGCCCAUAAAAUGCUUGUCCUGGCUUAUCUCACAUCAGCUGAUUGUAUUCUUUCAUGUAAUGUCACUGACCCCAUUUAAAAGUUGUUGUGGUUUGGGGUGUUUUUUGGCAUUGUCUUUCCUGUGAAUGUUCAAUUGCAGUAUUAAAAGCACUUUCUCGCCACUGUGAUUCAUGAAAGAAUACAGAGAUGGAUGGAGUGUUUAAGCACAGUGUUUUUUUUUCUCCUCAAAAUUUGUUCACUUUGUGUCUUUCUCCCUUCUGUAAUGAAAACAUACAAUAAACCAGUUUGUUUCUUU